UCACCAAGACUUCUCCCACAAGACAAACGCGCUCAGCCUCCGCACCCGACUGCCCGUGAAUCUCUGGGCACCCACCACCUGGUGUUCCUGUUCUAGGCACACCUUCUAUUGUGCGCCAGGCGCCCCCAAUUUAGCGCAAUGUUUAUUUUCAUCGCCUGCAAAUGCAAUACUCACAAAAUCGCAGCUAUAUAAGGGUUGCACGCCGCCCGCUGCACCACUUCUUCACUAUUGAUCCCUCUAGAUCGUCCUUUCGCUGUAUCUAUCCCUCCAGGCCUGCACAAUGAAGCUUUUCAACACCGGUGUAUUCAUGGCGUUAGCCGCCUGCGCUGCUGCCCUCGAUCCCGUGGAAGUCAAGGGUAACGCCCUUUUCGUCAAAGGGUCCAGCGACCGUUUCUACAUCCGUGGUGUCGACUACCAGCCUGGUGGCUCCUCCAAAUUGACCGAUCCGUUGGCCGACACCAGCAUCUGCGAGCGUGACAUCAAGUACUUCAAGGACUUGGGCAUCAACACCGUCAGAGUUUAUUCCGUGGACAACACUGCCGACCACGACGAGUGCAUGCAGCAGUUGGCCGACGCAGGCAUCUACGUCAUUGUCGACGUCAACAUCCCCAAUGCGUCCAUUUCGCGUGACAAGGCUAAAUGCUCCUACAACACCAUGUACUUGGAGCAGGUGUUGGCCACCGUCAAAAUGAUGGCCAAGUACGACAACACCCUCGGCUUUUUUGCCGGUAACGAGGUCAUCAACGACGAGUCGUCCACCGCCGCUGCCACCUACGUCAAGGCCGUCAUCCGUGACAUGAAGCAGUUCAUCAAGAACACCGACCUCAGAGCCAUUCCUGUCGGGUACUCCGCCGCAGACGUGUCGGAAAACAGACUCGAAACCGCCCAGUUCUUCAACUGUGGUGACGAUGAAAUGGCAAGAUCCGACUGGUUCGGCUUCAACGACUACUCGUGGUGCGGAAAGUCGUCGUACACCACGUCGGGCUACGACCAAAAGGUCAAGGCCUACUCCAACUACUCCAUUCCUUUGUUCCUUUCUGAGUUCGGGUGCAACAAGGCCACCCCCAGACCGUUCUCGGAAAUCGAGGCCAUCUACUCGGACAAGAUGUCUCCAGUUUUCUCGGGAGGUUUGGUGUACGAAUACUCGGAAGAAGGGUCCAAGUACGGCUUGGUCAAGAUCGACGGCGACGACGUCACCACCAACCAGGAUUUCGACAACUUGAAGUCGGAAUACUCCAACACCAAGAACCCCUCGGGAGACGGUGGCUACCACACCGACUUGGAGUACUCGGAAUGUCCCGCAAAGAGCUCGUCUUGGAACGCCACCAGCGACCUUCCUCCAGCUCCAAAGGGCGCCUACAAGUUCAUCAACGGCACUGCUGACCCCCAGGGUGGUGGUUUCAAGGCCUCGACCCAAUGGGCCUGUAUUGCCAAGGGCAACGACGACGACGACUCCAAGGGUGCAACCAGAAGUGGCUCCAAGAAGUUCCGACGCCGCUCCUUUGAACUUCCAAUCGAUCAGCUGGUUGAACACCUUGAGCCUUGCAGGUGUUGUCAUUGGGUUCAGUUUAAUCUGAGUUUUAUUUCUUUUACUACACGGUAGUUACACUUAUAUAAACGGUGAUUUAUGUAAUUUGGUUGACAUCUAACUAUAAAUAUACUUCAAAUC